AUGGAGGCGAAAAUUCUAGAAACAAGCCGAUUGCACCCGUCCUCCCGUUCACAAUCGCCAAUCUCAACAGUAUUAUCCAUUCUUGAUGCCACGGUUGUUCGAUUCGCUCCUACAGGAGCCAUCUGGAUUUUCGACAAUGAUUCACCAACUGAGAUCGUGAGGAACCUUAAAGGCUCCUUUAUCAAGGCGCUCGAAGCUUUCCCACAAUGGGCCGGCCAGCUUCAGUGGGCGCCAUUCCGCGACAACGGCUCCCACGGAGAGCGUUUCAAUCGACCAAUGAUUACCUAUGGCUUGGAUUCAGAUCCUGGCGUGGAAUGGAACGUUGUUCAGCUGGACUCUUCACCAGCAUCAGUGGCUCCAGAACCCGCCGAACGGGCUUCCAAUGAAUUGUGGAUAGAGAACUUUCCUCAAUCUGAUCUCAUGAUCUCGUCCACAAAGAUGGCUCUAUAUGACCUCGAUACAUUCCAAGGCCUGCCCAGCAUGAUUGUGCAGAUCACCUUUCUAGGUGACAGCGGCUUUGCUGUGGCCGUGAAGAUGGCCCAUCCACUGGCCGAUGCCCAUACUCUUAUGCUUUUCAUGCGUCGAUGGGCAUCCAUCUGCCGUGAUGAACUCACGAAGCAAGACCUCACUAAAGAUCUUGCGUACCCUGUCUUUGAGCCAAACUUGCUAGACUCUAGAGCCGCCGGCGACAUUGACGCUCCGGAUGGUGAUCUAGAACUGAUCUCAAAGGCUCGCUCUCUUCCUCUACAUCGGCAUGACUGGUGGGAUACUACUGCCGGAAAUCUAGCAGCGCUUACACCGUCAACACUAAACUCCAAGCCGAAAGAUGUCGCGCUUUUACAAAAGGCCAUGAUGUCACCUGCGUGCCCACCUCCGUGGGAGACUUGGGAUUUUUCCAAGUCCGUUACGACUGCUCUCAUCCACUUUACGGGAGACGAGCUGGAGCGACUCAAAAAGUCGGCCACUGGGACUACGGCCAGAGUCUCGCGCCUCGAUGCUCUGCUGGCUCAUAUCUGGGCAGCUAUCAGCCGGGCUCGCUCACCAUUAUUACAAAACGACGAUGAAGUCUUCUUGGACUUUACCAUCGGAGUCCGCGGACGGGUUUCACCAGCCCUCCCAGACGCUUUUGUCGAUACGGACAUGCCUUGA